UAUUUGUUCUUCCGUGGCGAUCUCGCAAACGAGGAAGUGUGGAGAAUAAACACUAGAGAUGAAUGUUUAUUAACAAUAUAUGUUUACGUUCCUGAUUAACAAAGCUUUGUUACGGUGUAGCCUAUUGUAUUUUCGUAAAACUAUGCGCGCACACAACUAUUUUGGGCAGGUUAAACAUUACAACCAAGUGUUGCUCUGUUUGACGAGGCAGUGACAUAGUACAACUCACCAAACAACUUGAGAGGUUAUGAAGACAUUCAAGUUCCCAGCUCGACACGGCUAUGCAGUGGAGAUAUCACCGUUUAUUCCAACACGGUUGGCGUGUGCGACAUCCCAGUAUUAUGGGAUUGCAGGAUGUGGGACACUGCUUGUGCUGGAGCAGACCGAGACCGGGAUCACUCUUGUGAAAAGUUUUGACUGGAAUGAUGGUCUGUUUGAUGUGACGUGGAGUGAGAGUAAUGAGCAUAUCCUGUUGACGGGAGGAGGAGACGGGUCUCUGCAGGUCUGGGACACAGCCAACCCCCAGCCCGGGCCACUGCAGGUGCUCAAAGAGCACACACAAGAGGUCUAUUCUGUAGACUGGAGUCAGACCCGGGAGGAGAACCUGGUGGUGUCAGGCUCAUGGGACCGCACAGCCAAAGUGUGGGAUCUCAGCCGUGGCGGCCAGUCGCUCUGCACCCUUCAGGGUCAUGAAGGGGUCAUCUACAGCACACUGUGGUCUCCUCACAUCCCAGGGUGCUUUGCUUCAGCAUCAGGGGACGGGACACUGAGAGUGUGGGAUGUGAAGACAGGGAGGUGCAGGCUGGCCAUCCCAGCCCACAAGGCAGAGAUCCUCAGCUGUGACUGGUGCAAAUACGAUCAGAAUGUGAUAGUAACCGGAGCAGUGGACUGUAGCCUGUGUGUGUGGGACUUACGGAAUGUCCGGCAGCCUCUGUCACGCCUACGAGGCCAUACCUACGCCAUACGAAGAGUAAAGUUCUCUCCAUUCAACCAGACCGUGUUGGCCUCCUGUUCCUAUGACUUCACAGUCAGGCUCUGGGACUACUCCAGGACCGAGCAGCCGCUGCUGGAGACCCUGGAGCACCACUCAGAGUUCGUCUGUGGCCUGGAUUUCAAUCUGCAAAUCCCCAACCAGGUGGUGGACUGCUCCUGGGAUGAGACGGUGAAAAUCUACACACCUCUAUGCCUGGCUGCCCCUCCGCCUAGCGCACGGUAGAGCUCAUAAUUGCCCUGCCGCAAGGAACAGGAGAGAGGACUUUUAGGAUGGCAGUGCGUUUCAAUCAUGGCCGUGGCGUUUGCCAAAGCUUCACUGCGGCUUUCAUAAUGAUUCUACUAAAAGGGGGGCUGUGGGAACGCGUCAUCCUAGCCCGCACACACAACAGAGUCUGAAUACAGAUGGGGAAGCGGGGAUUCCUCCCCGUCUGAGAGAGAGAGAGAGAGUUUUAUAUGAAGGUUGCUCAACUCAAACACGUGCCAACAAAAUGCCUGAUGAUCUGCUGUUUGUCCUUAUUGUUGGUAGAAUGUAUGGUCAUAUUGGUGUAUUUAGUGAUAGUGUACUGAUUUAGUGAGGGGUUGAAAUGCAUUUGAUUAUUUACUUAAUUUCUCUGCGUCCUCGA